AUGGAAGCCGCAGCAGACAACCGCCCUGCUACCGAAGAUAUGCCGAGCCCGUCCCCUCCGCAGGGAGCGACGUCGAACCCGUUCAAGACGGCGCUGCACAAGUUCGCGCAGAAGAAGAAGGAGCGCGCGGCGGCCUCGAGUCUCAGCAACGCGGCGACCUCGAGCUUCUUCUCGCGCGGGAACAAUAAGGCCCCUGCACAGCAGAAGCCCCAGGCACUGCCGGGCUCCGUGAAGCAGGUGAACACUGGUCAACUGCCUCCGGUGUGGGCAACACCGUCGCCGGCUCCUCCAAGAAAACUGUCGUCUCCGGUUGACUCAGCCUCGCCGCGUCUCCGUAGUUUAUCGUCCGCGGAUAGUGAGACCGAUGACGCGGCUUCUAGGUCAGUUGACCACUCGGGCAGGAACCGGCACUCCCUGCACGAGGACGAGUUGGAGGAGGAAGCUCACGGCACUCCGACGCACGGGCAUGCCAAGUCGCACCACCACCUCCACCACCAUAACAGUGGCAACAAGGGGGCUCCGCUUACCGCUAACUCGGUGUUACCGUCUGCCUCCUCGUCGCGCAAUGCGUCGGGAAACCUUCGGUACACGCAGUUUGAGCGGUUGCUGGAGAAGGAGGUCGUCGACCUGGACCAGCUUCGCAAGCUCAGCUGGGGUGGCGUACCUACGAAGCACCGGCCCACAGUCUGGCGGCUACUGUUGGGUUACAUGCCGCCGAAGCAGGACCGUCGAGCCGCCAUGUUAGAGAGAAAACGACAGGAGUACGUGGAACUGUUGCAGCAGUAUUAUUAUAUCCCGGACACCGACCGGGGUACGCGCGAGCAGACCACGCUGCGGCAGAUCCUCGUCGAUAUUCCACGCACCAACGCUGACGUUAAGCUCUUCCAAAAUGAGCGCAUUCACCAGACAUGCGACUUGUCGGAGGUGUCGGAUGAAAACCUGCAGAUCGUCGAAGCGGACAGCUACUGGUGCUUGACGAAGCUUCUGGACGAUAUCCAGGACCAUUACACGUUCGCGCAGCCAGGUUUGCAACGCAUGGUGCAGCGCAUGGAGGAACUGGUUCACCGGUGUGACGCGGAGCUCUUCGAGCACAUCGUGGAGCGUGAGAAUGUGCAGUUCGUGCAGUUUGCGUUCCGCUGGAUGAACUGUUUGUUAAUGCGCGAGCUACCACUGGACGGAAUCGUGCGCAUCUGGGAUACGUACCUGUGUGAAGACUCGGGCUUCGAAAGCUUCCACGUGUACGUGUGCGCCGCCAUUCUCAUGACGUUUGGCGAGGCGCUCAAGACGCUCGAGUUCCAGGACCUCGUGCUCUUUCUGCAGAGCCUGCCGACGAAAGACUGGGUUGAGAACGAGAUCGAGCCUUUGCUGUCACGCGCGUUUAUCCUACAAACCUACUUCGCCGACGCGCCGAGUCACCUCAGCUCGCAAGCCGCUCAAUAG